UGCUGAAACUUUUCCCAUCACUGUGCUGGCUGGUCCCACAGCCUCCUCUAUAACAGGCUGGAGCACAGCCUCCGGCGGCAGAACUACAGAGACUGCCUUUGCGAGACCACCUGGAGCACACACACAUACACUGAUUGACCUCGCAUCACGUUCAGCUUGGUCUUGUUGAUUCAUAGAUUCAUUUAUGUAUCUGGAGAAAAGAAAAGAAGAAAAAAAGGGAAUUCAUUCAUUAUUGGACAAAGUAGCCCAUGUUGGAGAUCUGAUUUGGGUCCAAGUUUGGUGAUAUCUCUCCUCUUCUAAAGGAGGAAAUAGAGGACGGCACACCGGGAUUGGCCAGAGUCUUUUUUUUUUUUUUUUUUGAUUGAGCUUGUUUGGACUUUGUUAAGCCUGGACACUUUGAAAGAGCCAACAGUCCUGAGUGAGGACAGAAGUAAGAAGUGAGCUGACGCUCUGAGAAACACACAUCGCUGUUGGGAGAACACUGAGCAGAAGGAUGUUGUGUUCAAGGAGGCUGCUGCAACAUUGGUGCUUGGCCGUCUUCUUACUGUGUUCUCCUGUGCCGCACUAUGGCAGGCCCAUUGAUGCCCUCAGCAAUAGAAUGAAGCGGUCAGUAACCCAUGCCCAGCUAAUGCAUGAUAAGGGUCGGACGCUGCAAGACUUCAAGAGGCGUAUGUGGUUGCAGGAGCUGCUGCACGAAGUCCACACUGCAGAAAUCCGUGAAGUGCAGCAGAGGGGUGGAGUCAGUGGUGGUGGAGGUGGAGCAGUAAAUGUGGGUGUUCCUAUCGGCGUUGGCAUCAGUGUGAGCCCAGGCACUGCUCACCCAAAGCCUGCCGGUGGAACCAAAAACCUGCCAAUUAUCUAUGGCCAAGAUGAUGAGGAGGGCACCAACCUGCCACAGGAAACCAACAAGUCGCAGCCAUACAAAGACAGUGCCAUGAAGGUGGGAGGAAAAAAGAAGAAGAAAGGACGUGGAGGAAAAAGAAAAGAAGGGGAAAAAAGGAAACGGAGAGCCCGUUCACUUAGCUGGGCUUUGGUGGAUGAGCUGGGCAGUGGUCUACACCUGGAGUGGCGACCGCUUGUAGGCCAGCGAGGAGUGCUGCACUAGAACACUGUCAGUCUCUGACAACGAUCAAUAAGGACAUUUUAAAAUGGACACCUAAAUGCUCAUGUUGCAGUACUCACUGUAAUAGUGAUUGUUUGGAAAAUGUUAGGGAAAUAUUUAUUGUUUGUAAAUAUUCAUCAUGAAUAAACAAAUAUGAAAAGAUAAUGAUAAAACAUCAUUUCGUGCUCUGUGGGGCAACAGAUUUUGAUCUUUGUGAAUACUUCGCUUUUUCUUUGUUGUUUUUUUCUUUUUGUUUGAUAUAUAUUUUUUGUUAGGACUAUGCCAAUUAUCAGUGUCAGAUUUGCAGUAAUUUAUUUUGUUUGAAUGGUGUAUUUAUUUUGUAAAUGUAUCAAGGUGCUGCUGACCUUCUAUAUUUUUGUACCAUAAUGCACUUUAGAUAUAUAAAUAUAAAUCUAUAUACAAGUAAGUUUGUUAAUUGACUUAUUUUGUGGUUAUUUGAAUGAAGAAACCGAAAGACCCCUCCUCAUGUUUUAGCCCACUUCUCUCUUAGUUUGUUUGUUUGUUUAUUUGCUCGCUUUGGCGUCCAUUUUGGUUGUGUUUACUGUUUAUUAUACUUUUGUUUUCUCUUUCUUUGCUGCUGACUUAGAUGGCCCUUGUGUCAUCCACAAAUUCAGUCUUAAGAACACUAUGUAAAUGGUUUCAUUUCCCAUCAACCCUCCACUCAAGACACUAGAUGCAUUGUUUGUGCCCUGCCUGUUUGGACCACGACUCAACCUGUACAUAAACAACACACAUUAUUGACUGAAAUAUUGUUAUUUGGCACUUGCACUGAGUGAACAAUCCUGUAUUGAAUGGAUUAAACAUCUGACAGUCAUCCUG